AUGGACACGGAAGAGCCGGCCCAGGAGGCUGCAGAGGUGCCCGAGGUCGCAUUGGCAGAGAAACGCGCAGAAGCUGCACCAGCGAAAGCAAAGAAAGCGAAAGCCCCCGAGACACUCAUCACGCGAGAACCGGGGAAGUCGGUGCUGCCCUUCUCCAGGGUGCAGAAGAUUCUGAAGGCGGACAAGGAUCUGUGCAUGGUACAGCGCGAGGCUGCGUUUCUCAUCUCGCUGGCGACGGAGGACUUCGUCGCGCGGUUUACGGAGGCGAUUCAGCGGAGUGCGGGGAGGGAGGGGCGCGCGACGGUGCAGGGGAAGGAUGUUAUUACCACGGUGAGGAGGGCAGAAGAGUUCGCGUUUCUCGAAGAGCUAUUUCCUUGGUCGUCGCUGGAGGCCCCGGCCAAACGAAAACCGAAGGCUCUGCAAGAGAAGGAGAAGGGGACACAUGGACCCACGAUGCUCGACCAAUUCGUCUCUAAACCCACCAGAGACGAUGGUGAAGGCACAGACGAAGAGGACGUCCCUUUGAGGAUGAAUAUCGUCACGAACGAGGACGGGACGCUGUCGAUGGGUCCCGCGGAGUCGGAGCCUUCAUGA